UACCUCUUCAUUCGUGAGCCAGAGGAGAAUUAUCUGCCCGUUUUGGACGGACCUUAUAUCUGGAAAUAGAGUCUACUAUAAUACAUAUACAAGAGGAGUUUGGGGCGACCAGCAAACAUUAGAUAAAGCAAACCGUAUAAUUAGAAGACAUUACAGAGACGAUUACCAGAGUUUCGAAGCAAUAUGGAUGCUGAAAGUAACAUGGAAAGACAUGGCUCUGUUUUCAAACAGAACACAGAACGUAACAGUGCAAGCUGUUUUGGUAACGGAUGGUAUGAACACAUUUACUACCUUUUAUUACAUUGAUGUGAACCUAGUGUUUGUCAGUGGACUUGAUAUUUCCGUGGGAUACAGAUAUAGGAGUUUCUUCACGAGCAAUCCAUACUCUGGUCAAAGAGGAGCCUUCCGCCUCAGUCAAAUACCAGGCAACAGGGGAAAUUUGGGAUUUUGGAUAUACAAAUUGACAACAGAUAUACAAUAUUCAGGAAAUGAACUUUCGUGCUUCAAUUGGUACAUUAGAAAUAGGAAUCAGCAAAUGGACACAAUUCUUCGCAAUCGCAGGCAGUGGUGGUCAAACAUUUGUCCUUGUCAAAUUGAUUGGUUGCUAUUUGAUGGUGGAUUCCAAUAUUCAAGAACUGAUUUAGCGAAUGGUGUAAUAUGUUAUGCAUCCAUGAUGUCUUUCACAGGAAGUGCAGAAUGUUGUUAUCCAAUCCGUAACUUUUGGUUUGGGUGGUUUGGAUGGUCUUGGUGGUCCAUUGGAUGGUUUGGGUCCACCACCCGUACUUGGACAAGACCAGCAGCUGGAACUCUCCUAGAGUACAGCCCAUUUUUUGAGACAUCGCAGCAUUACAAUGAGGAUCUUUUACCUAAAGAUCAUUGUUGUAGUUCUGGACAUUGUGAUUGGUAUUAUGAAGUUCGACCAAGAACUUGGUGUUAUAGGGCAUCCAUUUUUUGGAUCUCUUGGUUAUUUGGAGACCCACACAUUAACACACUUGAUGGACACCAGUAUACAUUCAAUGGAUAUGACGAAUACGUCCUAAUGAGGAUAAAUACGAACGGGAAACAAUUUGAACUGCAAGCUAGAACAGACAUGGCAGAGGGAGCCAAUGGUACAACAAUCAAUGCAACUAUAUUUAGUGCAUUUGCUGCCAGGGAUGACACAGGCUCCUUUGUCCAAGUGGAACUCUCCCGACAUAAAGAUAAAAUGUACAUUCGAGGAAAUGAUCAAGAUGUAACAAACAAUUUUGAGGAUGAUAGUUCAUAUAGAUAUUUCACCAGAUAUUUGGCCAUUAUAAAAGAAAACCAAACAUACAUGGCUACUUUCCUAAACUCAUCUAUAACAAUAAAGGUAACGUUAGGAGUACGGUUUCUGACAAUUGAGGCAGUAGUGGAUUCCAAAUACAAUGGAAGUGUUACUGGGCUAAUGGGCAACUUUGACGGAGAUAAAACCAAUGACUUCAUUCUUCCUAAUGGAACUAUCUUACAACAAGAGGAACUCAACUCGGAGAGAAAAAUUUACUACAGAUUUGGACAGAUGUGGGCUGUAAACGACUCUACGUCCAUCUUUCAUUACGGUUCAGGACUAUCGCAUGACGACUAUUCUCAUCCUGACUUUGUGCCCUUCUUUGUUGAUGAGUACCCAGAGGAUCAGAGAAACGCUGCUCGUGAGGCCUGUGGUGGGGAAUCGGCUUCCCAGGCGUGUAUUUUUGACUUUUUGGCAACAGGAGAUAAAGCUCUUGCUCUAUCUUCAGGAAAUACAGAUAGCUCCAACAAAAAGGACCUCAUCAAUAUUGAAAACCAGCCACCUUUUAUUGACGGUGACGAAGUUAUUCAUGCAGAAGUAAACAAAAGCGUAAGGAUCAGCUUUAACGCAUCAGAUGAUAAGAGCUAUACCUAUCAGGUGCUAAAGCAACCUUCUACUGGCUUCUCUUUUGACAAUUUGACUGGUAUAGCUUCUUGGACACCAACAAAUACUGACUUCACUAGCAUAAGUAUAACAGUAAUUGACAGUGACGGUGUUUCCGCCCCAGCAAUGGAUGUUAUAGUGAUAUUGUGUAGCUCAUGUAGUCAUCAUGGUGUGUGUGAAUACAAUAGAACACGUGACAUUUCAAACAGUACAUUCAGGCUUGCCAGCUGUGUAUGUAACAAAGGAUACACGGGUGACGAUUGUGAACUUGACUCUGACGCAUGUACGGAUAGUCCUUGUCCUCUUGGACGUAACUGUACAGACCUUCCAGCAGAGGAGGAAUUACGGAUUGGCAGAGGAUACAACUGUUCAGACUGUCCUGAAGGAUAUGCAGAUGUUGACAACAAAUGUCAAGACAUCAAUGAGUGCAACUCCACUUCAUCUAAUCAAUGUGAGCAAGUAUGCGAAAACACAGAAGGAAGUUUCGAAUGUCAUUGCUUUAACGGCUACCGCAUGAGUGAUGGUUCCUGCCAAGAUAUUGAUGAAUGUGUUGAGGGAACAUCGAGAUGUGAGCAGAAGUGUGACAACAGUGCUGGUUCUUUUAUUUGUUCCUGCGUCACAGGUUUUGAACUUAGAGAAGACAACACCUCAUGUCUGCAAACAGAAACGGACAUAUGUAAGCUUGUUGGGCUAUCCUGUCAGUAUGCCUGUGAUAACAUUACCGGUGUCUACAAAUGUAUUUGUCCUGCUGGUUAUAAGCUUUCCAACAAUAACAAUAAUUGCACGAAUAUCAAUGAGUGUGAACGUGGGAUUUGUUCACAACACUGUGUGGAUACUGAUGGAUCCUACAGAUGUUCGUGUUAUGUUGGAUACAGGCUGAACGAGGACCAGACAACGUGUUCCGAAUGUGAUGCUCCGAACUUCGGAGAAGGUUGCAGUCAGAUGUGCCAAUGCGGUGCUGGAAUGGACAGGUGUGAUCCGGUACAUGGGUGUGUCUGUUUAGCCGGAUGGACAGGGUCAGACUGCAGCCAUGAUGUCAAUGAGUGCAUCAUUAAUCAAACCAUUUGUAGUACAGAUAAAAUAUGUCACAAUUUACAAGGGGGUUACAGGUGUGACUGUCGCCAUGGAUACAGAAAGGUUGCAGAUAGAUGUGUCGAUGUGGAUGAGUGUACAAAUGCUGGAUCUAACAACUGCUCCUCUGUUGUAUCUAUCUGUGAAAAUAAAAAUGGGGGAUUCGGCUGUCAAUGCAAGACUGGAUACAUCCAGAAAAAUGCAUUCGAGUGUGAAGACUUUGAUGAAUGCGAAGCCAAUGUUGACGGUUGUACUCAGAUCUGUAACAACGUAAAUGGAAGUUAUGAUUGUGAUUGUCAUUUUGGAUUCUCCCUGAACGAUGACAGAAAAACAUGCUCAAAAGUUCAAGAUAUAUGUCUUCUCUUCCCUGGAUUAAACUGCAGCUAUGGAUGCAAACAAGGCCAACAUAAUCAAACACAAGGAAUGUGUUUCUGUCCAGAGGGAUAUCUACUCAGCAAGAUUGACAAGUCGUCAUGCGUAGAUGUAAACGAAUGUGCAAAUAUCACUUUGAAUAAAUGUUCCUUGAAAGACACAUGUGUAAAUACUCCAGGCUCUUUCAGCUGUUCUUGUCCAGAAGGCAGGUUCUUGGAAAACGAUGGAAGGACUUGCAGUGUGUGUGACGUUUUCUCCUAUGGUUGGAACUGCAACACCCCUUGUGAAUGCGGAGCAGGUGCUUCACAUUGUGACCCUGAGACUGGUUGUCAGUGUAGGACUGGUUGGAUUGGCACCAAAUGCAAUGCUGAUGUAGAUGAGUGUUCGACGGAAGAUCCUUGCACCAUGGCUUAUCAAGAAUGUCACAAUAUUCCUGGUUCUUAUCAAUGCGUCUGUCAGAAAGGAUUUGAAGAGAGAUCUGGGAAUUGUGAAGAUAUUGAUGAAUGCGUGAACCGCCCUUGCUCUCAACUGUGCAAUAACACUAUCGGAGGUUACUCAUGUGACUGCUUUAAUGGGUUUCAACUUGUUGGUGAAAGUCAAUGUGUUGAUAUUGAUGAAUGCAGCUCUCCAAUCAAGCCAUGUGAUCAAGUUUGCACAAAUACGCUAGGCAGCUUCAAGUGCAGUUGCCAUGUCGGGUAUUUCUUGAAUACAACAAAUAGAAGAGAUUGCUAUGCAAAGACUGAAUGUUCAAAUGCAUCUGCAUCCUGUUCUCAGAAGUGUGGAGUUAAAACUGAUGGGUCAGAGUACUGCUUCUGUGAAAAUGGCUACUUAUUAGAUGUAGCAGAUAACCGAACAUGCAUCGAUCAAGAUGACUGUUCACCCAAUCCCUGCAGUCAAACGUGUGUUCAGAAUGCACCUGGUCAGGGUUACUGGUGUACCUGUGAAGUAGGAAAAAUGGUAGAUCAAGACAAACGUACAUGCAUAGAUUGUACAAAGUGGAGCUUUGGUCUCAAUUGUGCCAAUCAGUGUUCCUGCAACAUUCAAAACUCCAUGUCUUGUGAUCGUGUUACUGGUGCUUGUACAUGCAAACCAGGAUGGAGUGGAACAAACUGUGAGAGUGACAUUAACGAGUGUAACCAAUCAGAUGCUUGUCCCCAGUCCUCUACGUGUGCUAAUUCCGUUGGCUCUUAUACUUGUUUGUGUGAUGACGGCACAGCCAUGGCGGAUGGAAUCUGUAUUGAGUGUUCUGGAAACACGUACGGACCAAAUUGUGAAUUCCAAUGCCAAUGUGAUCGAAGAAACACAAUGAUAUGUGAUAAAAGCAACGGUACCUGCUAUUGUCGAGAAGGCUGGACAGGUCUUAAUUGUUCUACAGAUUUACACGAAUGUACUCUAACUCCUAAUAUCUGUGGUGGGAAUGCAGUUUGUAUUGAACAGCCGGGUUCCUUCAGCUGUCAGUGUGUUCCAGGCUUCGAAAAAACUUCCUCCAGAAGUUGUUUAAAUAUUGAUGAGUGUGCAAUAGGUACCCAAACCUGUGAUCCAAACUCCCGAUGUACAGAUACCAUUGGUAGUUAUAUAUGUACUUGUGAAACUGGGUUUGCAGGAGAUGGACAUACUUGUUUAGAUAUAAAUGAAUGUUCGUCGCCGAGCGUCUGUGAUCCAAAUUCUAAAUGUAACAAUACCUUUGGAAGCUUUGAGUGUAUAUGUGAUCCUGGGUUUAUUGGAAAUGGAAAAAACUGCACAGACGUAGACGAGUGUUUGGGUGGUGUAUCAGGUUGUCAUUUUCAUGCUGUUUGUAAAAACACAAUGGGAAGUUUUCUCUGUGAGUGUAAUGACGGUUUUGAAGGCGAUGGAAAAACAUGCAAAGAUAUUGACGAAUGUUCACGAAACAUGUCUUCAUGUGAUACGCAUGCGCUCUGUAACAACACUAAUGGUGGGUACACAUGUACCUGUCAACCAGGAUUUCAUGGCGAUGGCCUUACCUGCUCAGGUAUCAUAUAAUGCCUCAGAUACAUUUUAACAAUGAUGUACCUAAACGAUUUAUUUUCAUAUUCAGACUAUUUUUUUGUUUGUCCUUUUAAUAAUCCCUUCGGUGUUAAUUUUCCUAUAGAAAAUGAUGAAUGUGAGGAGAAAACUCACAGUUGUCAUCCCAAUGCCUCAUGUAUCAACACAUUUGGGAACUACUACUGCGAAUGUAAACCAGGUUUCUUAGGUAGUGGAAGAACCUGUAGCGAUGUCAAUGAAUGCUCUGAUGGCACCAGUGGCUGUCAUCUAAAUGCUACUUGUCACAACACUGUGGGCAACUUCUCCUGUACGUGUGACAGUGGUUUCUUUGGAGACGGCUUCUAUUGUAAAGAAUGCUUUGAUAUGACGUUUGGUGUUAGCUGCAAGAGCCAGUGCUUGUGUAAUAUCAGCAACACAAGGUCAUGUGAUAAAGUGACAGGGGCCUGUUUAUGUAAAAAUGGUUGGCGAGGAGAGACCUGUAAUGAAGAUAUCCCUGAAUGCACAGAAAGACUGGAAAUAUGUGGACCAAACGCUCUAUGCACAGAACUACCCGGGCACUUCAACUGCUCAUGCCUGAAGGGAUAUCAAUUUAUGCCAAAUCGUCUCUGUGAAAAUAUUGAUGAAUGUUAUACCCAGCAACAAAACUGCCACACCAAUGCUCAAUGCAAUGACACUGAUGGGCAUUUUAUUUGUACUUGUAAACCCGGAUUUACUGGAAAUGGAACGUUUUGCAGAGCAAUACCUAAGGAACCUAGCAUCCUUGAUGCCAAAGAAGACAAAUAUAGGAUAAAAGUUAGGUUUGAUAUACAGACCGAUCUAAAUACUCUGGAAAAUCAGUAUGUCCAGGUAUACCAACAGAUGACCACAGCGCUUACCUCGUUUUAUCAAGCGACCAUAACUGGAUUUGAGAGAGUGAUCAUUCUUCACAUAAGCAUUGGAAGUCUUAUAGUUGAUCACGAGUUGGUGACAGAAAAGGCAACUUCUAGUGUACCAAAGGCGGACAUUACAAAAGCCUUACAACGUCUAUCUAAUGGAGAUGUCAAGAUUGUGUAUGAUGGCAGAGAACAAACAAUUCUGUCUCUGGAAUUGAAAAAUGCUGAAACAAACAAAUUUGUUAAUGUCAGCUCCUUGGGGUUAUGCAAUAUCUAUCAAGCCGUACAGCCGUGCCCCAAGAGUCAUGCAUGCUCCGAAACAAACGGAAAUAUCGCCUGCAGCCCAUUGCCUAUAUCUGAAACUUACAAGUUGAUAGUGGGGCUGGGGAUAGGUAUUUCGUUUGGAGUUAUUGUUCUUUUGGUACUUGUCAUCGUCUUGGUUUACCUGAAGAGAAGACGUGAUACAAGUAAAGGAGAGCCUAUUCCAGACUACGAUAAUAGAUCCGUGAAAAGCGGUAGCACCGAUGAUUCCUUGAUACAUUCAUCAAUAAAAGGAAUGACAAAACGCUUGGACACAACAGGGAAGCGCGGACCUUUCAGUUUUGGAAAUGAUUCCUGGAGCAGUGUCAGCGACACCAGUGUCAAGGCUGUCAAAUCGUCCUCGAAUUCUUUCCGCAGAAGUAAUUAUAACAUGUAAGAAAAGACUGUGAAGAUAAUUAUGCCUGCCACUCAGACUCGCUGCCUUGAAUACAUGUAUAUACCCGGUGUCU